CGGACAGCUGCUCACCAUUUGCUUUCUGCAAAAUCUUUGAAAUCUGCGUGUGAAAAAGAAGUUGCGCUUUGUAGCACAUUAAUUCUUCAAUUUCUAAAACCUUUCACAAAGUCCCUUCUUUCACCUUAUCAAUAAUGGCUAACCAAAAAUCACAUUUUCUAACAAUAUGCCUCAUUCUGUCGCUACUAUCACAAUCCCCCCAAAUUCAUUCAACAUGCCGCAAUUUCUGUAACAACAUUCCCAUUAACUACCCGUUCAGCAUCGACGAUGGCUGCGGCGCACCGCAGUAUCGCCACAUGCUAAAUUGCUCCGCCACUGAUUUAUUCUUCCUAACCCCAUCAGGAAAUUAUAAAGUCCAAUCAAUGGACUACGAAAAACAAACCAUGACAAUUUUCGAUCCUUCAAUGUCCACUUGUUCAAUCCUACAACCUCACCACGACUUCAAAAUGUCAGAAAUUCAAUCAGCUAUAAUCCCGCCUACGCCCGACACGAUCUUCAUCCUCGUCAAUUGCUCCAUCGAUUCGCCGGUACUUAACCAUUACAAGUCGCUCUGUUUUAAUUUCUCCGGUCAUUCGUGUGACGAACUCUACGGGUCGUGCACUUCGUUUAAGUUGUUCCAUUUGCUGUCUAACAGUACGCCGGCGUGUUGUUUCACGGGUUACGAAACGGUGAAAUAUAUGAGUAUGGAUAUAUUGGAUUGCACGCACUAUACGAGUGUUUAUAAUACGGAUAGAUUGGAAGGUGUUGGGCCGUUGGAUUGGCUUUAUGGGAUGAAAUUGUCAUUUAGCGUGCCGGAUACUGGAUGUGUCCGGUGCGCUAAAUCUGGCGGGACUUGUGGAUUUGAUGUAGAGACUGAGAUGCCGCAGUGCAUUUGCUCAAGCGCUAGUAAUUCUACAAGAGAUUGUGCUGGGGGCAGAGAAAUAAACUUUGCGGAUAGUUAUAGAACAUCCUCAUUUCCACGACUACAUUUACUAUACAUUUUAGCUCUUGUGGCCAUUUCUUUCACCAUCCUAUUGAGAUGAUGAAUCUUCUAUUAAGUUUGUUUAUUUUUCUUCUCUUUCUGUAUUUUAUUUUUCUAAACUAGUUAUUACACUUUGAAAAAAGUCAAAAAAGAUGUUAGAUAUUCAGAACCUUAAGGAAUUUUCAGUUU